AUGGCGCUGCCGAAUCAGGGGACCGUGGAGUACCCCAGCUUCAAGCUUGUCAUCGUCGGCGAUGGCGGAACGGGUAAAACUACAUUUGUGAAGAGGCAUCUCACGGGAGAAUUUGAGAAGAAAUAUGAACCAACCAUUGGUGUGGAAGUCCACCCAUUGGAUUUCACCACAAACUGUGGUAAGAUCAGGUUCUACUGCUGGGACACUGCUGGGCAAGAGAAGUUCGGUGGCCUCAGGGAUGGAUACUAUAUCCAUGGUCAAUGUGCAAUCAUCAUGUUUGAUGUAACCUCAAGGCUGACAUACAAGAAUGUUCCUACAUGGCAUAGGGACCUGUGCAGGGUGUGUGAAAACAUCCCAAUUGUCCUUUGCGGUAACAAGGUUGAUGUCAAGAACAGGCAGGUGAAAGCCAAGCAGGUCACCUUCCACAGGAAGAAGAAUCUGCAGUACUAUGAAAUUUCUGCCAAGAGCAAUUACAAUUUUGAGAAACCUUUCCUUUACCUUGCGAGGAAGCUGGCUGGUGAUCCGAACCUUCACUUUGUUGAAGCUGUUGCCCUGAAGCCUCCGGAAGUUACCAUCGACAUGGCUAUGCAGCAACAGCAUGAAGCUGAGCUUGCUGCUGCGGCUGCACAACCUCUUCCUGAUGAUGAUGAUGAUCUGAUCGAGUAG